AAAGAGCGCAUGCGUCUUCCCAGUCCGCUCAGUCAUGGCUGCUUUGCGGGUGGUUCCUGCCUUCCUUCUUUCGAGAGUUCUGCGGAGAGGUUGCCGCUCGUUUAGCUGCAGCGACCCCCGGACCCGGGCCGUCACCGUGCCCGAGCGAAUCGAAGAGAAGCGUCGCGCUGCGUUGCUCGGAGGCGGCCAAGCUCGCAUAGACGCGCAGCACAAGCGGGGAAAGUUGACAGCCAGAGAACGUGUGUUAUUGUUAUUGGACCCUGACAGUUUUGUAGAAUAUGACAUGUUUGUGGAACACAGAUGUGCAGAUUUUGGGAUGGAGUCUGAGAAAAACAAGUAUCCUGGGGACAGUGUGGUUACUGGCCAGGGUAGAAUAAAUGGCAGACUGACUUACGUCUUCAGUCAGGACUUUACUGUGUUUGGGGGAAGUUUAUCUGGAGCACAUGCUCAAAAGAUCUGCAAGAUUAUGGAUCAGGCUGUUAUGGUUGGUGCUCCUGUUAUUGGGCUGAAUGAUUCAGGAGGGGCCCGUAUUCAAGAAGGAGUGGAAUCCUUGGCUGGUUAUGCUGACAUUUUUCUAAGAAAUGUUUUAUGUUCUGGAGUAGUGCCACAGAUUUCUCUUAUUAUGGGUCCUUGUGCAGGAGGCGCUGUCUACUCUCCUGCUUUAACAGAUUUCACAUUUAUGGUAAAGGAUACAUCCUAUCUAUUUAUAACUGGUCCUGAUGUAGUCAAAUCAGUUACCAAUGAAGAUGUAACUCAGGAACAACUUGGGGGUGCAAAGACACAUACUGCAGUAUCAGGGGUUGCACAUUGUGCUUUUGAAAAUGAUAUAGACGCUUUGCUCAACCUUAGGGAAUUUUUUAAUUUCCUACCACUUAGUAACAAGGAGCCAGCUCCUAUCAGAGAAUGCCAUGACCCUAGUAACCGCUUGGUACAUGAGUUGGAUACAAUUGUCCCAAUGGAAUCGACCAAAGCUUAUGACAUGUUGGAUAUUGUACAUGCGGUUGUUGAUGAGAGAGAAUUCUUUGAAAUCAUGCCUUCCUAUGCCAGAAACCUGAUUGUUGGAUUUGCCAGAAUGAAUGGAAGAACUGUUGGAAUAGUUGGUAACCAGCCUAAAAUAGCUUCAGGCUGCUUGGACAUAAAUUCUUCUGUGAAAGGAGCCCGUUUUGUUCGCUUCUGUGAUGCUUUCAACAUUCCUAUAAUCACAUUUGUAGAUGUGCCUGGAUUUUUACCAGGGACUGCUCAGGAAUAUGGGGGAAUUAUACGUCAUGGUGCAAAGUUGCUUUUUGCUUUUGCAGAAGCAACUGUGCCAAAAAUCACUGUUAUCACAAGGAAGGCUUAUGGUGGGGCCUACGAUGUCAUGAGUUCAAAGCAUCUACGAGGAGAUGCAAAUUAUGCUUGGCCAACGGCAGAGGUAGCAGUAAUGGGCGCUAAGGGAGCUGUCCAGAUCAUUUUUAGAGGAAAAGGGGCACAUGCAGAAGCAGAAUAUGUAGAAAAGUUUGCAAAUCCAUUUCCCGCUGCAAUCAGAGGAUUUGUAGAUGACAUCAUCCAACCUUCAACAACCCGACUUCGCAUUUGCCGUGAUUUGGAAGUGCUGGCAAGCAAACGACAAUCUAAUCCUUGGAAAAAGCAUGCCAACAUGCCACUCUGAAUCUGCUUCAAGUUAACCUAAAACCGAUGGAAGAAAAUUGGUGCACUCCUGCUAUAUUUAUUGAUUCAAAUUCUGUGAUAUUUUAGGAUAUUUCUAUGGGCAAAAAAAUCUAUUGAAAAUGAGGUGCUAUCAGAUUUUAGUUCAUUAGAAGGGCUUAUAUUUGAGUUGAUAUGAUUAAGGCUGAACAUGCAUUCAUAAAUUCACUAACAGAUAAGGAUAUUGUGAAAUAAAACAUAUUUUAAGCAAAAUAUCAGGAAUUAUUCCAAGGGCGAUUGAAAAAAAGAAUUGUGAAAAGCAGGAUAUGAAUUAGAAAUACCCAUCUUGCAUUCAUCACAGGCUUUUAAAAUAUAUGGUGCUACUUGACAUAAACCUCCAAUUGGUAGCAAAACAUUUAGCCCUGCUGAAUGUAGUGUGUCGCAAACAUGAUUAAAUACAUUAUAGUUGAUUUCACAUUUUUCAAGAUUCCUAUGCAGUACAGUCAUUCUGAAAUUAUAUGUGUGUUCAGUUUGAAGGGGUCUAUCAUGUUCAUCAGAAGUUUUUCAAAAAGCAAAACUUUUGAAAAAAUGGUUUGAAAUUUUUUUGAAAAAUGCAGGCAGAUGACCUCACUCAGUGAUUAUACAUGUAUGUUAAAUGGGAGCAAGGAAAAAGCUGAAGCUUGUGGCAGCCUGCAAAACAAAAGCCUAGGGCUGAAUCUCUACUUCCCUUCUCAACAACAAAGGAAACGGGACAUGGAGGAAGAGAAACACUAGACCCCAUGCCUCUUGCUCCCAACUUCCUCAGCUAGUCCAAAAAUAUACCAUGAUAGAUGGUGGUCAGCCACAGAAAACACCAAAGUAACAGAUUUUGAUCUGUCUGUGACAGAGACUAAUAACAACACCUCCCAAGUCCAAAACAUGUAACCACUGUAUGGAGACAAAAACCAGGGCUAACGUAUGACCUUUUUGUGAGUCAGGCUGUCACCAGCCUGGGUUGCCAUGAACUCCUGAACUACUCUCAACUCCAGGCAAAGUACAGGUAGGGCGAAGUUCCCCAUAAGCCUGAAGAACACCACUAACAAGCAGUUCAGACAGGAAAGCUGCUGCAUAACAGGAAGGCUGGAACACAAGUGACAAUCUCAUCAGAUUCCAAUGGCCCAGUUUUACAAAUGGAAGCUACCAUCUCAAGAUGUUAAAAUUAUGUUCAAGAAUGGAUAGAACAGAAGAUCUCUUAAGGCAACAAAAUCUGUUUAAAAAAAAGAAUAAUACCGAUCAAAGUGCUUUGCACAAACAAAAGAUAAAGCCCGCUAUUACAGUAAUUGCUUCCAACACUUUUCUUUAAGCAUUAGAACUAUAAACAUUUUAGAGAAGAGCUAUACAAAUGGGUAUUUACUAUGGCUAUCUAAAAGAGAGGGUUUUUUUAACAUAUAGAAAUGUAAAAACAAAUCUGAAUUAAUCCAAGGCGUGCGCAAAUAUUUAAAUGCCCCUGACCAUUUCCACAUAUGGGGUGAAUGUGCAACAAUUUUGCUUCUAUGUGAUGUAAAGCACCUUAGUAUGUAUAUAACUGGCAUUUUAAAGGCCCAGUUUAUCAAUGUCUUUACUGCUAUUGUAAAUUAGAAAAGAAAUUUAGGGACCAAUUAAAACACAAUCAUGUUAAGAAUGGAAUGAGGAACUCUCACAAAUAAUUGAGAACACAACACAAUAUCCCAAAGCCAACAAGUCUGUUAAAAUGUCUGCAUUUUAUGCAGAUGAAAAAUGUAUUCCAGAAUAUGAAAAAAUACUAUUGCCACACAUUUUGAUGAAAACAGGAUAAUUAAUUAAAUCACCUGCCAGUAUCUCAUUCAAGAUGCAUUAAACUAAUCUUAGAACUAAUCUUAGAAAAAAAUCAAUAGCUGUGAUACCAAAACAAUAUUAAAAGAACAGAACAUUUCAGGCUGAUGCGGGUAGUAAUUGUCAUUCCAAUUAGAUCAAAAUUUUAAUUCCAGGACAAAAAAUAACAACUUUGUACUUGACUAAGACUUACUGAAUCAACCAUGAUUCACUCAGAUUUCAAGGCUCACAUAAUAUGCCGGGCUAAAAUAGGUUAAUUUAUGGUUCAGUAUAUCAUGUGAACACAGAUUAAAUCUUAUUAGUGUAUAGGACAGAACUGCUACAAAAGUGAUGUAAGAGCUCACAAGGCCUUUCUGAAGUCUAAUACAAAUUGCUCCACUUUUAAUCAGCUGGAAGAGAUUUACAUAAUUGGCAGAGACAACAGAAAUGUCAUGAAAGUCUGAAUUUUUUGCUUAUUUAAUUUUUGCUUAUUAAUUGUGCCCAAAUUGUGUACUUAUUUAUUCAAUUUAUAUUCUACUUUUCUUCCCUGAAUUAGACUUAAGGUAUUAGUAAUAGAAAAUGUAAUUAUACCACCACCUCAAAAUAAAUCUGUUAUGCUUUGUUUA